AUGCAGAACAAUAAUGGCGGAGUGAAUCGCCAAACACAGCCAAUACCAGAGUUUAACCAACGCUUUUAUCCACAAAACUAUCCUCAAAGAGGGCCAUCUCCCAAUGAUUUUCAACAAAGAAAUCCUCCUCCAAAUUUUAAACCAGGAUAUCCUCCAAAUUAUCCUGUUCGAGAUAAUUCACCCCAAAACUACCAAAUUGACUAUGAAAUCAGAAGCAAUUCUCCUCAAAAUUAUCAAAAUUUCCAAGCAAGAGAUAACUCACCUCAAAACUUUCAAGGAAAUGAUUUCCAACAACAGGUUUCUCGUCAGCAGCCUCCACAAUCAAAUAAUUAUCCUCCAGGCUUUAUUCAACAAAAUAUGGCAAAUAGAAAUGCUUCACCUCAAGAUUUCCAUCCUAGAAAUAUGUCGCCAAAUGAUUAUGCUAUGAGAAAUACAUCUCCUCAAAAUUAUCCACCAAAUUUUCCAAUGAGAGAUAAUUCACCCAAUAUGUAUCAACAAAAUCAAGCAUUUCAACACCGAGAUAAUUCUCCGCAAAGUUUUAACCCUGAAUUUAGACCAAGUAUGCAAGUUCCUCCAUCAUAUCAGCAAAGAGGUCCAUCUCCUCAAGAUUACCACGUAAGAACUCAAAUGCAACCGAAUUACCCUAUGCGAGACCCAGGAAUGCAGCAAUAUCCUCAAAGAGGACCUUCUCCAAACCAAUACCCGCAAAAUCCUCAAAUGUAUCAGCAAAGGAAUCCAUCACCAAAUAGCUUUCAGCCCAACUACCCAAUGAGAGAUCAAAUUCCUCCAAAUUACCAAAUGCGAAAUGCAUCUCCCCAAAAUUUCCCACAAAGAGGUCCAUCCCCUCAGAAUUAUCCUGUCCGAAAUACAUCUCCGCAGAGUUUUCCUCAGAGAGGUCCUUCUCCUCAAAAUUACCCAGUUAGAAAUCAAUCUCCCUCAAGUUACCAGCCAAGAGGUCCAUCUCCAACAGGAUAUGUUGCUAGAGGUCCUUCUCCGCAGGGUUAUCCUGCUCGUGGCCCGUCACCUCAAAAUUAUCCCGUCCGAAAUCAAUCUCCACAAAAUUACCCAGUAAGAAACCAAUCCCCAACGGGAUACUCAACACAGCAAAGAGGACCGUCACCACAGCAGAAUUUCCAGCCUCAAUUUCAGACUUAUCAACAAAGAUAUCCUCAACAAACUGUUUCCCCUCAAAAUUACCCCAACAGACCACAAGAACCUCAACCACAGCCACAGUUUAACCCUGAUGCAACCCUUCCUUUCGGUUACGAUCCAAUGUUUGGCCGUGCAGCAGAAAGACCACGUUUUCCACAACCAAUUUCGAUACCCCAGCAGCCAAUGGACAUGCCACAACAAGAAGAGAGACUUCGUGAUGAAUUUGAAGCAUUUUCUGCUCAAAAUAACCAACAAUCUCCAGAAUCUCAAACAAUUCCUUCAGAAAACCAACAAAUACCACAAGAAACUGUCCAGCAGCAGCCCAAACAAGAACCUCCGAAGCCUCCAAAGCCAGCAAACCAACCAUCAGACGCUUGGACGGAUUUUGAAGAUUUCGCAAAGAGGGAAGUCGAAGAUAACGUGCCACAAUUCAAUUCGUUUAAUAACGAGAUGAUGCUUCCGCCUUCAUCUAUGAUGGUUGCCCUUAAAAAAGAUGAAGAAAUUCCUUCAUCAGACAUGGAUGUUGGCUCCCAAGAGUCAGAAACCAGUGGAGACUCUACACAAUCAACUCAUUCGACACAAUCAACACAGUCUGUGUUUUCUGUUACUCCUCAAGAGUCACAAUUUCUUGAUAUCAACGGAGAAUUCCUUGAAAGUCUGAGUUUGAUGAGAACUGCAGGUAUGACUGAGCAGGCAUUGUAUAACUUCACAAUGCUGCUCGCUCCUGCACCUCCAACUGCAGAUCCAAUCGAAUUUGACCCUUCAUUAGCUAAAAGAGUCAUUCCUGCACCACCAAGAUUCUCUAGAACACCAAUGGGAGCUGAAUUAAGAGCAAACUGCCAACAACUUUUGAAUUAUACCUUUGUUUUUAAUAAUAUUUAA